GGGAGGGGCGCGGGCGCGGGCGCGGGCGGGAUGUCGCGGAUGAACCGCCAACAGGAUUACAAAGCCGGGGACCUGGUGUUCGCCAAGAUGAAGGGCUACCCGCACUGGCCCGCCCGGAUCGAUGAGCUUCCAGAAGGAGCCGUGAAAUCGCCAUCCAACAAAUACCCCAUCUUUUUCUUCGGCACCCAUGAGACUGCCUUCCUCGGAUCCAAGGACCUGUUCCCGUACGAGGAAUCCAAGGAGAAGCUGGGAAAGCCGAACAAGCGAAAAGGUUUCAGCGAGGGUUUGUGGGAGAUCGAGAACAACCCAACAGUCAAGAAGUCAGGAUAUCAGGCCCCUGAACCACAACAGAGCUCCUCGGAGGGAGAGGGCGAUGCUGAGAGGAAGGAGGUGCCCGAGGGCAGCAGUGACGAGGAGGGCAAACUGGUCAUCGACGAGCCGCUGAAGGAGAAGGACAAACUAGAGAAGGCUGGGUCCAAACGCAAGAUGGUCACUCCGAUAAAGGUUUCCCCAAAGCGGCUCUGUGAUUCCAAGGAGGAAGAGGAAGGGGACGAGGACGCUGGGGAGGAGAGGCAGCCUGCCGCAGACCCGGAGGGAGACCCUGGCCAUGAGGAAAAGGCUGACCAGGACAACGAGACCAGUCUGACCCCGAGCGAGAAUACAGAGAGGGAACUGGCUAAUGCCACUGACCUCCAGACAAAGGAAGAGGAGACUGGAGCUGCAGCUGUUUGAGGAGGACACUGACUCACCCAGACCCAGCCUUUUCUGCAGACGCGUCAUCCCCUCCAUUCCCUACCCUCCUCCCUGUCCCCUCCCACUUCUCCGUACUCCCCAUUCCACCCUGCUCCCUGAUUGCUGACAAAUUUUAUUUUACAUUUGGAAAGGAAAAUGAAUUGUUUGUGCGAAUAGUGGCUUUUUACACCAGUGUCAGGCAGCGAGCUGACUUUUAUGGUAAUUAAACUCGAAAAGAAACACA